AUGUGGAACCUGCCGAGCUGUAAUGUGUCACACCACCAUAAAACAGACACGCAACAGACACAGAACAGAGCCCACAGUCUACAGAGCACAGCCCACAGAGCCUACAGAGCACAGCCUACAGAGCACAGCCCACAGAGCACAGCCCACAGAGCACAGCCCACAGAGCCUACAGAGCACAGCCCACAGAGCACAGCCCACAGAGCACAGCCCACAGAGCCUACAGAGCACAGCCUACAGAGCACAGCCUACAGAGCACAGCCUACAGAGCCUACAGAGCACAGCCUACAGAGCACAGCCCACAGAGCACAGCCCACAGAGCACAGCCCACAGAGCCUACAGAGCACAGCCCACAGAGCACAGCCCACAGAGCACAGCCCACAGAGCCUACAGAGCACAGCCUACAGAGCACAGCCUACAGAGCACAGCCUACAGAGCACAGCCCACAGAGCACAGCCCACAGAGCACAGCCCACAGAGCACAGCCCACAGAGCACAGCCCACAGCCCACAGAGCCUACAGAGUACAGCCCACAGAGCCUACAGAGCACAGCCUACAGAGCACAGCCCACAGAGCACAGCCCACAGAGCACAGCCCACAGAGCCUACAGAGCACAGCCCACAGAGCCUACAGAGCACAGCCCACAGAGCCUACAGAGUACAGCCCACAGAGCCUACAGAGCACAGCCCACAGAGCCUACAGAGUACAGCCCACAGAGCCUACAGAGCACAGCCUACAGAGCACAGCCCACAGAGCACAGCCCACAGAGCACAGCCCACAGCCCACAGAGCCUACAGAGUACAGCCCACAGAGCACAGCCCACAGCCCACAGAGCCUACAGAGUACAGCCCACAGAGCCUACAGAGCACAGCCUACAGAGCACAGCCCACAGAGCACAGCCCACAGAGCACAGCCCACAGAGCCUACAGAGCACAGCCCACAGAGCCUACAGAGCACAGCCCACAGAGCCACAGAGUACAGCCCACAGAGCCUACAGAGCACAGCCCACAGCCUACAGAGUACAGCCCACAGAGCCUACAGAGCACAGCCUACAGAGCACAGCCCACAGAGCACAGCCCACAGAGCACAGCCCACAGCCCACAGAGCCUACAGAGUACAGCCCACAGAGCACAGCCCACAGCCCACAGAGCCUACAGAGUACAGCCCACAGAGCCUACAGAGCACAGCCUACAGAGCACAGCCCACAGAGCACAGCCCACAGAGCACAGCCCACAGAGCCUACAGAGCACAGCCCACAGAGCCUACAGAGCACAGCCCACAGAGUACAGCCCACAGAGCCUACAGAGCACAGCCCACAGCCCACAGAGCCGAACCCACAGAGUUCACAGAGUCCAGUGUACAGUAA